AUGAAUCGCAGAAAGGAGCGCGUGCAGCUGAAAGAGAUUUGGAACGCUUUUGCAGAGGAAGCUGUUUGGAAUCGCAAGGUGAUGUGUCAGAGCGACCGGCUGCUGAACAGCCACUUUCUUGUCGAGUUGAUACCUGGUCUUCCUCCCUCGCAAGCGGAGAGGACACUUCACAAUUCCUGGGCGCAGCAUCUGCAGGAGACUGAAGCGCCUUUCGCCGUUAGUGAGGCCCACGAAUCCCUAGCAGACUUGGAGAGCAGCACACGCUGCAUCCGGAGUGGCCUGUACUACGCCUUCGACGUGGUCCACUACUUCGAUAGCCGACCUGUUCCAGGGACGAACGAUCUCGUUACGGACACGCAGGAAAAGGCGAUCUUUAAGCUGGCCAUGAACGAGGCCAUUGAAGAGGAGGAGGAGUUAGCUGCCUUCACCGAGCGCGCAAGACGGGAGGAGAAGGACAGCGAGAGGACAGUCGUGGCCUUCGUGGAGGAUCAGACUGCGAGGCUCUCCAGCGAGGCAGCAGAGACCUUGGCCCAAGCGCUGCAAAGCUUGGAGAAGCGCCAGAUCCACAUCGAGCAGCGCGAGGAUGCGAUGACGGAUGCCGUUCGGCAGAUGCACGCGCGCCUACUUCAGCUGCGCAGCGAUGCGGCGAUUGCGACUCGUCGCCUGGAGAAGGCCCUCUACAUCCGGGAGCAGCGGAACAAGGGAAGCAGUGCCUGGCGGAAGCGGAAGGCUCCGGUGUCCGUGAUGAUUGCGUCGUCCUUCGGCUCUGACCAGUCAGAGUUUGGGGCUCCGACCAUGGAGCUGGAGAAGCUUAGACUGUCGACUACUACCUGA